AUGGAUAAAGAAAUUUUAGUCAAUGAGUUUCUGAAUCGCCUAGAUUUCUCUGUCUGUAAAUUAUUUAAACUAGAAGAAAAGCCAUUUCAACUUUUCAGACAUUCCUUAGUUGCAUGUAGCAGGUUGAUUGACUACAUGUUUGUGGCUGUCGGAGAGGAUGUUUUCGUUUAUAAUCUGCUACCUUUUUCUCGAGAUUCAAAUGAGCCUGAACCUCUAAUUGUGCUUCCUUGUGCUCAUAAGUCUUCACCAAUACAGCAUGGCGAUCUCCUCCCGGGAAUGCCCAAUGGAAUCAAUCAUAUCCGAUGCGACCUUCUAGGUGAUUUGGAAUAUUUGAUCACUGCGACAGAUUGUGGGAAAGUCGCAAUGUAUGAUGUAAAAAACCUUCAAAGAGAUCCUAUGACUUUUUCGGUUGGUGCUUCUGCUUGGGGAAUUGCUCUUUCGUCGGAAAGGUAUUUAGCCAUCUCCUCUAACGCUCAUGUUAUCAAUAUUUUCAAUUUAUCUACAGAUUACAAACAAUGCAAACGUGAUUACCGUUCGCCUUGGUUUCGACAGGAGUCCUUAAAACUGAUAGAACACCAACACAAUAUUCCUUGCGUAUCAUUCAACUCGAAGGGGAAUUUGCUCUUAAGUGGAUCAAUUGAUCGGUCAUUACAGUUAUGGGAUAUUAAUAAGCUGUCUUGUUUGUCCAAAUUCCAUACUAAAGUGUGGAUAUGGUCUGUUAAAUUUGUUGAUAAAUUCGCCUUUACUUUCGUACCAACUGUGAAGGAUAAAAUUGAGACUUUAAUACCUGCCAGAACAUUUGGACAGACUCCUUGGAAUCCAUCGGUUUCCUUAAGUUUAGAAUCAUUUAUUUCCGAUGAAGAUGAUUAUGAUGACGAUGCCGUGUUUGAAGGUGAGUAUUAUGUGCAUAUGCACAAUGAAUCUCCGGAUAAUCUAAAAUCCUGUUUUCGUACGUUUGUACGAGAACCCCCAGAGGAACUCUUUGUUUUUGCGACCAAGUAUUCCGUUGUCUUAUGUGGAUAUCAUCAUUCUCAAAUCUAUCCUUUUGUGAGCUGUCGGAAUUGCUUCGAAGAUCCAUCUGCUAUACGGUUUGAGGGACUUCACAGAAUUAAUAUGAUGGAAUAUGUACCUCAAGUGCAGAGUCUCGUUUGUGCAACUCAAAGUGGUCAACUAUCAAUACUGAGGUUAAUCACAACGGAAAAAGUAAUCAGCGGUCAAGUUGUAUAUGCUUAUUCCUUCAUUCCACAAUUCAUAACUUUAAACAGAUAUGUUGAUACUUUAGUAUUGGGUAUGAGCGUCGCACCUUGGUAUCCGGGUAAUGAAGAUGAAUUCCAACGAUUUAAAAUUUUGCUAGUUUUGGUUAAUGGACAAGUUUUGACUGUCGAAAUACAGUUAUCGGAGGAUUCAUAUGCUACUAGCCAUGUUGGAAACAUUUUAAUCUGA